CCGGCCCAGCCCACCACCAGUACCAGCACCCCUCCUCCACUCUCAGUCACUCACACACACUCUCUUUUCGCUCUCCUGCUGUGUGCCAGUCCCUCUCUCCCCCUCCACUUCCUCAAAGUGGCCACAGCUCCUCUCUUUUCUCUUGUCCUCUUCACAUCCCUCCACCACUCUUUCUUCCUCCAGUAGAGAGCAACUGCCUAUUCCUCCUCAACUCUGCCAGUUAAACGGAUCUCAGGCCGCUUCUUUCCCCUGACGACUUUAUCUUUAUUCUUGACCUUUUUUUUGUUGGGUCCUUCAGCCCUUCCCGUCCGGAGAGGCCGGUUGGUGUGUGUGUCUGGCGUGUGUGCAAGGGCUCCGGUGUCGUGCUCUUUGCCCUGAGGGAGUCCCCUAAAGGUUGUGACUGGAGGAGAAAACUUUUCACCACAAUGAAUGUUCAACUGCUGCUCCUGUUGGCCCUGGCUGGCCCUUUCUGCGCCUUCACACAUGCAAGCCCCACAGAGAUCCCCUCAGACCUGGGUGUUGUCGAUGAGAUUGUAGAGGACGUGGUCCCUGAUGUCACCGAGGCUCCAAAAGAGGAACUCUCUGUUUUCACCGGUCCUCCUGCAACUGAAGCAGCAGUGGCGGCAGCUGAAGAAGAAGUGGCAACAGAAGCGCCCCUGGUAGCAGAAGAAGAAGUAGCAACAGAAGCAGCUGUAGUAGCAGAAGAAGAAGUCACAACAGAAGCAGCCGUAGUGGAAGACGUUGUAGAAGCUGUCACAGAGGAGGUGCUUCCUGCAGUUGAAGUCAACACUGAGGAGGCCGUCGUUGAGACAGAGGCUGCUGCUACUGAAGCCCCAGAGGCCCCAGAAACCCUCGUCACCGACCCCGCUGUAGUGGACACCGCAGCCGCCACUGAGGCAGCGGUGGAAGAGGACGUUGCGACAGAUGCCGCCGUGGUAGAGGGGGGAGACGAUGUGGUCGUUGAAGGAGGCACAGAGGAGGGCCUGAGUUCUGGCACAGUGGUGGGCAUCGUGAUUGGCGCUCUGUUGGCGAUGAUUAUCGUCAUUGCCGUGGUGAUUGCUGUAGUGAGGAGAAUGGGAAAAUACUCGUCUGCCAAGAACAAAAAACCCGGGAAGAGCGUUAUGGUUUCUCCCUUGAGGAAAAAGUCGGCCAAGCAGCCUGAGCGCACAAAGUUCUGGAAAUUCUGAACUACUGAACUGUGACGUCAUUCGCGAUCAUUAAAACAAGCACGACACCAGAACUAAACUAAUCUAACCAGGACUCUGGACUGUUGCCAAAAAAGAGGGGGAGGGAGGCUUGUGUGUGUUAAUGUAUGUACUGUAUGUAUGGGAGACAAAACAUCCUCACCUCCCCCCGCUACCUUCCUGACCUAUCCACCCCCCCCCCCGCCCCCCCCCUCUCUCCCUCCCCCAUUCCCCCAACCCCCAACCCAGGAGCUGAUAAAUAAAACGCUCUGUCCUCCCCUACUCCCCUGGAGAGAACAAAACAAGGUGACGACAGGAUGUCACACAGAAUUUGAGGCCUUUUCAAAUGUUCAAUCAAACAAACUGUAGGAAAGAUGGGGUGGGGGUGGGGGUUAUCUGACUACUAGGGAUUAAAUCUCUCUCCUUUUUAAAGAGUGACUGAUUGAGAUCGGCAUGAAAGGACAUUAAAAAUGGAAAGUACUGACAAAACGAAAUGGAAAUUUAGAACUCAUUGAAGGUGAGAGCAGGAGAGGAAGCAGGAGAGACUGCUACAAAUUCCACAGAAUGUAUAUACAAUGCAAGGGGACUACACAGUAUUCAGCUAAUGACUUUCUCAUAUGUUGCAGUUGCAUAGGCUAGCGUUUGAUCAUAUGGAAGAAUACACAGUACAAACAGGCAGCCCCAGGCUAUUGUUGUGGCUAACAGACCUUUAAAGAAACCCUAUGCACCAGUUAAACACAUAAUCCCAUAUAGCCAGAUAUGUUGGCCAACUGUAUGAAGCACUGUGUGCAGAAGUUGUUUUGACAUUAUAACACACUCGUGAGCUCUGAGGGCUAGCAGAAAAAGAAAAGCCACCCUCAUUUACAAGAGUAACGUGACAUUCUGCCCACUUUAACACUGACAUAUAAAAACCUAAUACAUAUCUGUGAAAUUUAGCAGAAGGGUUUGUGCCACUGUCUCUGGUAUUCUCUAGGUAGUUCGGGGGAUUUUAACUUUUGAAGUGCAUUAUUAAUGUGAAUUACUUUUUAACUGCCACCCAUUCCAAAAGAAAACAGCUUCCAUGACUUCUUUCCUUAUAAAGGCUUACACACAGCCAGUGGUUAUAUGACAACUUUAUCUUGACAGUGUAUUCAUAGUACUUCUGUUGAUAGUUAGUUUAUCAGAACAGCCAUCCGGUCUUUGAAUUGAGCUAACCCCAGAUUGCGUGCACAGGAUGACAUUUUAUAGUUGCACUUGUAGUUUAAGUGCACAGUGUUAGGCAGCAAUGCCAUGUUUUGUAAUUUUUUUUGCAAUUGUAAGUGUGCUAAAUGGGUGUACAAAUAAUGAAGUCUCAGCUUCGCUCCGCUUGCUUUACAAACUCGUUUAAUAUGUGCACUGAAUGAGUGAUGUAAUGUUUAAUGAAUAGGCUUUUAGACACUGCAAAUGUUUGCAACGACAUGUCUUUGUUUCCCCUCCUCUGCUUCGCCACAUAUUAUCAGUUCUAGGUCUUUAAUUUGUGCCAUCUGAUUUGUUUGAUCCCUUUUAUUUAAUUGCAGUGUUUUGUUCAUACUGUUUCAAUAAAAAACUGAAAACACUCUGAAA